AUGGCUACUGAUAAGGACAAGGCUCUCGCCUUGAAGAACGAGGGCAACCAGGCCUUCCUGAAGCACAACUGGACUGUGGCAAUCGAAAAGUACUCCAACGCCAUAGAGCUGGACGGCUCGCAGCCGACAUACUACGCCAACAGAGCUCAGGCAUAUCUCAAGACAGAAGCUUUCGGGUAUGCCAUUGCUGAUGCUACAAAGGCCAUUGAGCUCGACCCCAAGUUUGUCAAGGCAUACUAUCGCCGUGCGCUUGCGGCAGCAGCCAUCAUCCGGCCGAAAGAUGCCCUGGUCGACUUUAAGAUCUGCGUUCGCCUGGACCCUGGAAACAGAGAUGCCAAGAUCAAGCUUGCCGACUGCCAGAAGAUUGUGCGCCAGCUCAACUUCUUUGCCGCCAUCGAGGUCGGCGACGAGCCGUCGGCGGCCGAGGGCCUUGAUGUCGAGUCCAUGGCCGUCGAGCCCGACUACGACGGCCUGAAGCUCGGCGACCAAAUGACCCAGGACUUCAUCGACGACAUGACCGAGCGUUUCAAGACCGGCAAGAAGAUCCACCGCAAAUACGUCUACCAGAUCCUGCUCGCCGUCACCAAGCUAGUUCACGACGAGCCAACCAUGGUCGAAAUCGAGGUGCCAGAAGACACACAACUCACAGUUUGCGGCGACACCCAUGGUCAGUACUUUGACCUCAUGGAGCUGUUCAGGCUGAACGGCAAGCCGUCCGACAAGCACUGGUACCUGUUCAACGGUGACUUUGUCGACCGAGGAUCCUGGUCUACCGAGAUCGCACUGCUGCUGUACGCGAACAAGUGGCUGCGGCCACAAGCCUUCUUCCUGAACCGGGGCAAUCACGAGACCGACGACAUGAACCGCGCGUACGGCUUCGAGGGCGAAUGCAAGGCCAAGUACAACGAACGUGUUUUCCGCCUCUUCUCCGAGAGCUUUUCGGCCUUGCCGCUGGCCACUCUAAUUGGAUCAAAGUACCUCGUCUUGCACGGUGGCUUAUUCUCUAACGACAACGUCACCCUGGACGACAUCCGUAAGCUGGACCGGCAUAAACAACGCCAGCCCGGCCAGGCCGGCCUCAUGAUGGAGAUGCUAUGGACCGACCCGCAGACAGAGCCCGGUCGUGGCCCAAGCAAGAGAGGUGUUGGCAUGCAGUUCGGCCCAGACGUGACGGCCAGGUUCUGCGACAAGAACGGCCUGGAGGCCAUCAUUCGGAGCCACGAAGUGCGCAUGGACGGGUACGAGAAAGAACACAACGGAAAGUGUAUCACUGUCUUCUCUGCACCCAAAUACUGCGACAUGACAGAAAACCGGGGCGCCUACAUCAACCUGGGCUCCGAUUACAAGCUCGAGUUCCACCAGUUUGAUGCCGUUCCACACCCCAACAUCCGCCCCAUGGCGUACGCCAACAAUUCGAUGAUGUCCUCCUUGGUAUAA